AUGAAUAAAAGAUACAUUAAGAUUGCUUUGGCACUUUUAAAUAUCGCAGGAUACAUACAAAAUGUAGCAUUUGGAAUCGGAUCUUCUGCAAAUGGUGCUAAGAACUCCAACUCCCUCCGCCAAAAAACAGUAUAUCAAGAAUACAAAGACAAGGAAUGUAAAGACAUGUAUGAAACUUUUGCAGCAAUAGAUCAUGCAAAAGAGGCGUUACCACUUUUACUAAAACUUGCUGAGAAUACAAACAGUUAUUCGUAUUAUGAUAUAGUAAAGAAUCUCUGGGAUUACAAUGAUAAACACAAAUCGAGUCUCAAAUUUAUUAAUGGAAAUGGUGCUCGUUUAUACUCCAAAUAUUUAAUCUUGUUUGAAAAACUUAACAUAGAUGGAAACCAUGUAAACUCUCAAAAAAGAUAUGCUUUAGGUGCAGGAAUUAAACAAACAAAUGACACAUUCGUAAUUGUUUGUCCUACAAGAACUCUAAAUUAUAUAGGUGAAAUCAAUCAUGAAACUGAUUUGAAAGAAAUAAUAAAAAAUACAAAAUCAAUCGAAACUGGAAUUGAUCCUGAGGAAGCAUUAACCAAAUUAGCUGACAACAUAGCCGAAUUUGUAAUUAAAAGAACCGAAGAUGAUAAAAUUCAUGUUACUUAUAUCAACGCUAUCUAUGAUAAUGGCAAUUCUACCGAGUAUGCCCACAAUAAAAGACAGAGAGAUCAUGAAUAUACAAAAAUCCUAAAGUUAUCAGAACGCAUUAUAUCUAAUGAAUUCGAUUAUCCUCCACGUAAAGGUGUUUAA